CGAGAGGGGGUGCGGAGGGGGAGGGAGAGGGCAGCCAGAUCUCCAGACACCGCGGUGCGGUCGAGCUUGGAACAGUUUCUGGAUAUCCUUUGAUUGCUGGGAUUGGUGACCCGACUGACCAGAGUCGCCGUUCUGUCGUGCAGUCUUGACAACAGCAAGCGCAGUGAUGCCAGGACGACUGCUCCAAUCUGGGCAAGAUGCCGCAGGUGAGUCUGCAGUUGCAGGACCGAGAUGGCAAGUCCGUGCUGUACCCUCUGACGCCAGAGGAGUACACCCUGAAGAGUCUGGAGGAGGUGCCCAACACCGGGGAUUCGGAGUCCGUCAACGAGUUCCCCGUGCUCGGGACCAGCAAGGCCAAGGCUCCGGAGGUGCAGAGCAGGUGCGAGCCAGGCUUCGGCGUGAUGGACGUGCCAGGCAGGAAGUGGGUGCUAGGUGACACUUUCUUGCGGCGGUACUACUCCAUCCUGCUUUUGAUCGUUGUUCUUCCCAGCUCGCCGUGCCGUGUAGUCACAGAUGCACAUUCAGAACUGCUGGGGUAUCGUAGGACACCUUUUCCGAGUUCUUUGAGUGUUUCUCGUUGUCCCAGGUCCCCGAGGCGAACUCUGCUUCUUAGCUGUAAGCACUUUCUCUCCGAUUGGAGUAGCCGAUACGAUUUGCAAACAGAGGACGCGGACUUCAGUUGUCUCUUGGCAUAUGCCAGUUCUACUUGCUGCUCUGGCUGGUUUGAAAGCUCUCGCUCGGCUCGGCCAGGUAUGUACAGGUUUUGCGUGCGCAUUUGACGCUUUUCUGGUCUGAUUAUGGUGCUCCGCACUCAGUGUAUUAGUCUGGUCUCGCAGCCAUACCUCAUUCGAGCCAGGCGUCGCUUGCCGAAUUGAGCAUGUCGAUACAGUUCGGCGCUCUGGAUAUUUCCAAGCAGUUGAGCGAACUGUGUGUGUGUGUGUGUGCUGAGCGCUCAGGGGUCAAACGACACUGAUGCUGGACGCUAAGGGUUGCAGCUGAAGUUUGGUGGGCUGAGUACGCAAAGACGAGCUGCUCUCGCGAAUCCAGUUUCACGCCGAGCAAAUGCAGAUCCGUGAUCCGCACUGCAUGUACCAAGAGGGGAA